UCUUUACGCAGUGAUCUCCCCUGAAUUUUUUCGGCGUUAGUGUACAUAUAAAGGGAAGUAAACGCUUCAAAAAAGCGGACUACUUUCGGCAAUUGCAAUUAACAGCAUCAGGGUCUGAAAUUUCGGUGAAAACACUUUUUUGUUUGUCAGUGGGAGGAUAUUGUUCGAACCCUACACAACGCAUGUGUUAUCAUGAUACUUGGUAUCUAAUAAAACAAAAUGCACAAAAGUGCAUGAUGUGUGUUAAAUUAUAUUCCAAAAUUAUUCUAAAAGUAGAAGGGACAUUAACAACAAAAUUGAUAUGUUCUAAGUCAGUUUAGUCUUAGAAAUCUUUCUCGGCAGUGAAGUAAGAAAACCGAUAUUGGUGUUUCUCUUCUAUCUUGUCAAGUACACACAUAUAAAGGAGGAUUGAGAGUGGAAUAAAACUACCAUUUCUGGCUGAGGUUUGUCUGUCUUUAAUGUGGCUUUGAAUAUGUACAGUUUAAUCACAGUAUUCAAUGAAUUUACACAAAAUAUGGCGUUGUUUAUAUAAAUGUUGAUAGAAGUGUGAAUUACUCAGCUACAUUUGUUUUAUGUUUAUCUUAUAUUUAUAAAUAUUAGAACAUUUUCCGAUAGAGGAGCUUUUACUUUUAGAUGAAGAAUUAGAAAUUCUAGAAUAUAAUACAGUUGAAUUGUGUUUAAAAGAAAGGGAAUGCAAUAUUAUAAAAACAAAAAUGUGGACAUAGCUUUAUGAUUAUAAAAUACGACGUUCACUGUUUUAUCAUUAGAAAGCAUUACAAAAUAAUUUGAAACUUAACUAAUAACAGUCAGUGCUGUGAUAAAUACAAGUCUUGUUAUAUUCACAGUUUGCCGAUAAUUUGAAAGCUAUAAUUUUUUAAAUUAUAUUAGUUUUAUCUGUGCUGGCAUGUUGAUUUAGUAACUUAAUGUCCUCACAUACGAUGUUUACCUAAACUACAGAUAUAUAUUGUCGAGUUAAGUUUAAUACUUCAUCAGACUGAUUUUACAUGACUUGAUAGUUUGUGUGUAAUACUGUUCAAAGUUUAGAAACAAUUUAAAUAUUGACAUAUUAACACAUUUUCUUAAAAUUUAGUCUUACAUUUGAUUUGCAGAUAUAUUGUGUCUAAUAACAUUGCUGAACAUAUAUAUUUUAAUUAUUUAAUCUAUUUUGAUUUACAAACACGAAUCCGGGUGUGUUUUAAACAAUGUAAACAAUGUAUACAGUAAUUAUAUGAUUUAAACAUACGCUUCAACUAAGCAUUUACCGAAAUGAAAACGUAAACAAAAGCUUUGCAAAUGAAAAUUCUGUUCCGAAAAGAAAAAGAUUGCUAGACACUGCAGUUUGUUGGACAUCUGUGAAUCACAUAUCUGGAUAAAGACAGAAAACAACGUCGAAUGAUGCAUUAUAAAUCGAUGGAGACACAUUAACAAUAAACUUGACAAACUUCAGCUUUAUGAAUACACAUCUGGACACUGCCAAUAUAAGUGAACUGAAAAAGAUGCUCCCGGAUAUUAAUAAAACAAAAGCGACAGAUUGGGAAUUUCAAUUUGAUAACAUCGAAGUUGGAAACGAAACUCAGAGGAGAGUUCAGUCAAAAUAUCCUCCAAGAUUAAAACAAUUACUUCAAGGUCUCAAAAAGGACUGCUUUGAUAAAGUAAACACAGAAUCUGCAUAUAACAUAGAAGGUCCAUAUUGUGAAAGAAAUGUUGACCUAUGGGGAGGAUGUUGGCCAGACACUUCAGCAGGAUCGACUUCGGUAAUAAAUUGUCCUCCUAUCCCAGCAUUUGACACAAACAAACAUGCAUACAGACAGUGUUCAGAAAAUGGCACGUGGUUUAACAAUGGGUCUGCCGGAAUAAGAAGUGUAUAUGGCGAGUGUCUUUUAAAAGAUGAUGACAUUGCUGACGAUACUAAAUAUAUUUACAUUUUUAUUGGCGGAUUUUCCUUAUCGCUAGUCAUGCUGAUAAUAUCGUUAGGAAUAUUCUUCAGAUUUAA